AUGUCGGCGGAGAUGGAAAACACCUUGUCAAAUGCAAGCUCCACGCGGGAGUCUGGCACUAUAAGCUCGGCAGUGGUAGAUAUCCUGAAAAAUGUAGCUAUUGCCGGGAUGGAUACCCCGCUGAUAUUGGUGGAGAAAAAGGAGGGGGAGGGAAAGGAGGAAAGGGGGGAAAGGGGGAGGGAAAGAAAUGUAAGACGUAGUAGGCUGCUGGCGAGUGGGGGAUAUAAUGAUGUUUGGCUUGUUGAGAUGGGGUUUGCGGAUGGCGAAGGCGGUGGUGAGGAGGAGUCGAAAAACAUUGUUGUUCGCCAGCCUAACAGCGAUGCACUUAUGCCGAAUCAGCUGGAAAAUGAGGUUGCUUGGUUGACGUAUGUAGCCGAGCACACUAGCAUACGUGUACCAAAGGUGUACUCGUGGUCAUCGGCAGAUCCGCCUUAUGUUACUAUGGAGUAUGUCGAAGGUAGACCUAUGUGUGAUGUCUGGAAGGAUUGUGACGAGGAUGAAAAGGAGUUGCUUGUGAAGGAGAUAGCGCGUAUGGUUGUUGAGCUUGGUGAGAUUGGAUUUGACAAGAUUGGUGGUCUGAGUCCGGAGCAUCAAUUGGCACCUACCGUUGAGGGUAUGAAGUUGUUCAAAGGCAGGGACAAGAUUCACUCCGAUGAGCACUAUGAGAUCGGGCCAUAUUCAACAGUCAAGAAAUAUGCUUUAGCGUGUUAUGAUAAGGAGAUCUACUACUAUUCGAAAGCACCAUUCGAGGAUAUCGUGUGGCGUUUGUUCGAAAAGGACGAGGAACUGACAGAUGAUGAUCAGUAUAAUUGCCUUCCCGACGAUGGUCCAAGGCGAGAGACCUUGUUAGAGAAUAAAGCAGCAUUUGUGGAGGAGCUGAAAGAAGCCCGCAAAGAAUGUCUUCAAGACGAAGAGACGUUUUCGCAGGAGCCGUUUGUCCUGUGUCACAAUGACCUCAAUGGGCGGAAUAUCAUGGUGCGAGACAAGCAUAUCGUGGGUAUCAUAGACUGGGAAUUUGCAGGUAGCUAUCCAUUAAGCGAGCUCCUGAGUGGAGGCAGCAUAGAUGUCAUCGAAUAUCUGUCGGAAGAGGAUCAAGAGGAGAAUUUCAAAUGGCACGUCAAGAUUCGCGACGCCAUUCAAGAAGCAACUGAGAGCAGAGGAUGGUCGAAUGCCGAUAAGGAUCUACUCUUCAACGAUGGGACUGGGUUGUUGCCAGGCUUGCGAACGGAGAUGAUUCCUAAUUACCUGUAUGAUGAGGAUGAGGGUGAUGACGUGUCUGAUCAUAGUUCAGACGUAUUAGGAAACAGUGAUUGA